UCUGAUAAAUGUCAAAUUAUUUGUUUACAAAAUAUUCGAAACUUGAAAUAAAUCCAUUCGAUCUUUUUAAAGUAAUACAGUUUUAGAUUUUAACUGCACGUUUUUACCGGUAAAUCUCAUUUGUGCCUGUUUCAAGCUACUUGAGAUAGGCAAAAUGUAUUGUGCUGUGUGGUACUGAGAAAAACCAUAUAUUAAGAAAAUAGUAUUUUUUUGUACUCAUUACCUGAAAGCAAUAAAAUAAAAGUCAAUGGCUAAUAAAGCUGUAGCACUACAGCUGUUAGCUGAUACUAUAACAAGUUAUAAUGAUAGUAGUGAAUCUAGUGACUGGAGCGAUGCAAGCAGUAUAAGAUCAGAAUUUUCGGAAGAUGAUAAUGAUGAAGAUCGACUUUUUUUUCCUCUUAUGCAUUACCUUAUAAGAUUAAGAAGAAAACGUGUGGACGAUUACUUACAUAUCGUAGAAUCUUGGACGGAAGUAGAGUUUAAAAACCGGUUGGGUUUAAGUCGAAAACUUGCGUAUAGACUUAUAGAUGAAUUGGAAAAGUCUGGGUAUAUAGCUAAUCAUAAAUUUGGUUUAAAGCCUUUGGAGCCCAGAUUGUGUUUUUACAUAUUUUUAUCUUUUAUAGCAACUACAGAGCCCCUUACACCCAUAGCCACAAAGUUUGAUAUAUCAAUAUCUUCAACAUUCCGAGUUAUAAGGAGAGUUAUUGCUUGGCUUUUAACUAAAAUGAAUGAAGCUAUCAAAUGGCCGCAGGACAUAAGUGAUGUUAGAACAAUAUGUGACAAUUUUCAUAGUAAAACAUUGAUAUCUAAUAUGCUAGGCAUAAUUGACUGUACACAUGUGAAAAUUGAGAAACCAAAAAAUGCAAGAGAAUACUGUAAUACAAAAGGAUAUUUUUCCAUAAUUUUACAGGCAACAAUUGAUGCUAAUUUAAAAUUUACUAACAUAUAUUGUGGUGAACCAGGGUCUACAAGUUGUACAAGAGUAUUGAAGAAAUCUCCUAUAUACCAUACUGCAACACAAAACCAAAGUUCCCUUUUUCCACAUAAUUCAUUUUUAGUUGGACAUUCAGGAUAUCCAUUUUUGUCUUGGCUAGUCCCUCCUUUCAGGGAAAACAAAAGAUUGACUUUACAUCAGAGGGAAUUUAACACUCUUCAUGCAGCUGCUAGAAAAUUAAGUGAUAAAGCUUUUAACAUGUUAAAGAGCAGGUUUAGAAGAAUAAAGCUAUUCACAGUUUAUAGGAAUAUUGCUUUUAUAACUGACACCAUUGUAGCUGCAUGCAUAUUACAUAACUAUUGCCUAAAUGAAAAUGACUAAACAAUUAUGUUUAUUAAUAAAGUUUUUUUAAUGUACAUUCAAGAAUAUAUUAUAAGAUGUAGAUGGAUCCA